AAUCCCUUUCUCUCUGACAGCUUUCCCUGGGUGCUGCUCUCACCCCUCUAUCACUUUGGACAUUGUUUUUUAAUUUUUCUGCAAAAAAACUAAAACUUUGAAAAUGAAAUGUUAAACAAGAAAAAAAGAUUAAUCAUAUAUCCAGCAAAAAAAAAAUCUGCAGAGCUGAUGCAAAGCCAGGAUUGCUGAGAAUGCAUUUUUGCAGGAGACACUAAAACUGCAAUUUAAAACAUUUGCGAUUAUAUAUUUUUCCUUUUUUUUUUUUGCAAAUUAAAGAAAAACAACUAAGCAAGCUGGCUCACCCAGUGCCAGGGCACACCAGCCUGAUCUCUCCUCUGCAACCUUUGUGGAGGACUGUGAACAGCAAAAGGAUGGCAUCAGAACUGGCAGUGAACAGCUCCGACCUGCCCACUAGUCCCCUGGCCAUGGAAUAUGUUAAUGACUUCGAUCUGAUGAAGUUUGAAGUGAAAAAGGAGCCGGUGGAGACCGACCGCAUCAUCAGCCAGUGCGGCCGCCUGAUCGCCGGGGGAUCCCUAUCUUCCACCCCGAUGAGCACGCCCUGCAGCUCGGUACCCCCUUCCCCGAGCUUCUCGGCCCCCAGUCCGGGAUCCGGGAGCGAUCAGAAAAGCCACCUGGAAGAUUAUUACUGGAUGACCGCGUACCCCCAGCAGAUUAACCCGGAGGCUUUGGGAUUCAGCCCGGAGGACGCAGUGGAAGCGCUGAUCAGUAAUAGCAACAACCAGCAUCAGCAGCAGCAACUCCAGGGGUACGAUGGCUACACUAGAGGGCAACCAUACCCGUCCUCGGGGGGCAUGCAAGGGGAAGACAUGGGAUCCACAGCCGCGGUGGUCUCUGCGGUGAUUGCAGCAGCGGCAGCUCAGAGUGGGGGACCUCAUCACCACCACCAUCACCACCACUCGGGGGUACCCCCAGCAGGAGGAGGCGGAGGAGGAGGCGGCAGCUCCCCGACUUCAUCAGUGGUCGGUGCUCUGCAUCCACCACCCCAAGCAACAGGAGCAGCUCCGCACCACCAUCACCACCACCAUCACCACCUGCACUUUGAUGACCGCUUCUCGGACGAGCAGUUGGUCACCAUGUCGGUGAGGGAGCUCAACCGGCAGCUCCGGGGGGUCAGCAAGGAGGAGGUGAUCCGGCUGAAGCAGAAGAGGAGGACCCUGAAGAACCGCGGCUACGCGCAGUCGUGCAGGUUCAAGAGGGUGCAGCAGCGGCACGUCCUGGAGAGCGAGAAGACCCAGCUGCUGCAGCAGGUGGAGCACCUCAAGCAGGAGAUCUCCCGGCUGCUCAGGGAGAGGGACGCCUACAAGGAAAAGUACGAGAAGCUGCUGGGAAGCGGAUUCCGAGAAAACGGCUCCAGCAACAGUGACCACCCGUCCUCCCCGGAGUAUUUCAUGUCAUGAGUUUUUUGAGCUUGCUGUGUCAAAGAGAGAAAGAAAUCAAAGAAUGAUGGCAUCUACGAGUUCUUCAUAUGAGCUUGCAAUAAAAAAUGUGAAUUUUUAGACUCCUAUCUCGCUGAAUUCAUCAUUUUUUGAGAGUUGCUGUCCUAAAAUAGAGGAGAUCUAAAGCAACCUGCCAAAUUGAAGCCUGCAUCAAACUUCAAUGUUUCAUGUGAGAUUUUGGCCCAGCCAGAGAGUGAAUCUCCUGCCAUUAGAAAACCAUACUCAUCUCAUGCAUUAUGCUUGCUAUUUUGUCUUAGCAACAGUGAACUUUAAUUGUGUCAAAAAACUUUAUGGAAAAGAGACAAUAUAUUAAUAAGGAUGGCCCUGCAUGCUGGACAUGUAUGGUAUAAUUAUUUUUGUUUCAUUAUUAUUAUUUUUUUCUUUUGCUUGGAUAUGGACCUCUGGAGAACAUGGCAUGGCAUAUAUCAUUUAUAUAUAUUUUUUUUUCUCAUCAAUUUUUUUGAGUUGAAAGAAAAAAAAAAGUGCAACCUAAUUACUCCCCAUGAAAGUUCGCAUCUGCUAACCUGCUUGUGAGAUAUGCAAAACUUCAGACUUCCAUUAAAUAAAAAUGCACUGAUGGCUUUUCUUCCAAAAGAUGCCAGAACGGAUUUUAAUAUUUAAAUAUGGCAAAAGUAAGAAAUUACUAAAGAAAAAAAUAAAUAAAAUAACUCUGAAAGGUGUCUAUAAAGUAACAUGUUUUUUGGACUAAAUGCUGUGAGCUAAUAAAACAGUCUAAAUAUGUUUAUUUUUAAACAAAUCGUUACCCUUUUUUUUUUUUCUUUUUUUUUUGCAUUUGGUUUCUGUCAAACGUGGAAUGCUAUGGGUUUGUAGUCAAUAAUUUAAUUCUAGGUUCCAAUACUCUGUUAGCCCAGGUUAAAAAAAAAUGUAUGCUACAGAUAAAGGAAUGUUAUAGAUUAAUUGGAACGAGUUAGAUCUGUUUAGAUUUAGCUUUUUUUUUUUUUUUUUAAUGAUGCACUAAAUUGUUUACUGUUGUGAUGUUUGAAGGGGAUUAGAGAUUGCAAAGGGUCUUUUUUAAGUAGCUUUUUUUUACAGCAUGUGCUUGCAACUUUAAUACAAGUUAAAUAUGUGUAAGCCCUUGCUUUACCACUGACUGUAUUUCAAAACCAAAGUAUUAAAAAAGGGUACACCUCAAUCUAUAUUGAAGGAGUAUUUUACAUUCAAAAAAUUUAUGUUUGUUUUUGUUACUUGUCUUUUAUUUUUUUUUCAUCAGAAUUGAAGUAUUUGGGACUGAAUUGCACUAAGAUAUAACCUGCAAGCAUAUAAUAAAAUGCAAAACUGUUAAGAACGCUAAUACAAAUUUAUGCAGUUGUAAACAAACAAACAAAAUAUGGCAUUACUGCACAAUUUUAAGACAAUGCAGAUUUUUCUCUUUUUUUACAGUUGUAUUGUGUGAUACAGAACUGGUUUUUCUGUAGCUUCACAAAUUCCACAGUCUUAAAGGCAAUAAAACAAGGAAAAUUAUUUUCAGGGACUGAUAAUUUGUUUUUUUAAAAUGGAAAGUAAACAUACCAUGAAAAAUAUUUAGAAUAUUUGUCAGUUACUUUUCUUUAUUCAUAUUUUGCUGUGCAAAAUUGUUUUAUAUUUUGAGUUACUAACGAAAAUUGUGAUGUAUUAUGUGCUUUGUUUCAUUUCACUUCUAUGGUUAUAUCAACAGAAAAAAUAAUCUACAAUAAUAAACUGCAAUUUUUGAUUCUGUACUAAA